CCUUCCCCUAUAAAUAUGAUUCCUCCAAAGAAGAUUCCCAAAGCGGGUAGAAUUGAGCAAUACGCAAUGAAUAAUUCACGAGCAGUUUUACUUCUUCUUCUGGUCUCUGGAAAGGCAUUGAUCGAUGCCACCGUAAUCAACGUUACUGAGCCAACGGAAUGGUGGCAAACAGCAACACUUUACCAGAUUUGGCCAUCUUCCUUUAAAGACAGUGACGGUGAUGGAAUUGGCGAUUUAAAUGGUAUCACCAGUAAGCUUAAUCACUUAGUCGAUAUGGGCGUUGAGGUACUUUGGUUGUCCCCUAUAUACCCGAGUCCCAUGGUAGACAGUGGAUACGACAUUUCCAAUUUCGUUGAUAUCUACCCAACCUUUGGCACGCUUCAAGAUUUUGACUACCUAGUCGCUACUGCCAAGAAACUUGGCCUCAAAGUAAUCCUCGAUUACGUUCCCAAUCAUACGAGUGAUGAGCACGAAUGGUUCAUUAAAUCCAAGGCUGGAAUCGAACCGUACACGGAUUAUUUCGUUUGGAACAAAGGAAUCGUAGUAAAUGGCACACGGAAGCCACCGAACAACUGGCUGUGUGCCUUCAACAGCGGUAGCGCGUGGGAAUGGGUCGAAGAACGUGAAGCAUAUUACCUCCAUCAGUUCAGCGUUCAUCAAGUUGACUUGAAUUUCUUGAAUCCACGAGUAAUUCAGGAAACGAAGGAUAUUAUGACGUUCUGGUUUGACCGCGGAGUCGAUGGUUUUCGGAUCGACUCCAUGCCUUAUCCAGUAGAAGAUCCCUCACUGCCCGAUGAGCCUUUGUCUGGUUUACCCGGAUACUCCGAAACUGAUUAUUACUACCUAGACCACAUCUAUACAAAGGAUCGAAUAGAGAAUUAUCACAUCUUGCAGACGUGGCGCGAGCACGUUGAUAAUUAUACAGCUACAGUUAACGACGGUGCUACUAGGAUAAUAUUCACAGAGGCAUAUGCGAAUAUUUCCAGCGUCAUGAAAUACUAUAAUUUCGGAUCAAACGUACCGUUCAACUUCUUUUUCAUCAAAGACAAAAACGGCAUUGAAUCGGCCACGGUAAAUACGGCAAUCGAUGUCGUGGAUAUCAUCAAUACUUGGAUGGAAAACAUGCCGGACGGGGCUACGGCUAAUUGGGUGUUUGGCAACCACGACAACAGCCGCGUUGCUACGAAAUAUGGAUCAGAUCGCAUUGACGGCAUCAAUUUCUUGCUGUAUUUGUUACCGGGUGUUGCCGUCACCUAUAAUGGCGAUGAAAUCGGUAUGACUGACACGUAUCUUACUUGGGAAGAAACUCAAGACCCGCAAGCAUGUAGCACGGAUGAAACUCGUUAUCAACCUUACUCCAGAGAUCCCGAACGCACACCUUAUCAGUGGGAUAACACUACGAGCGCGGGCUUCUCGACCAAUUCAAUCACCAAACUACCAGUAAAUCAAAAUUAUUUAACGUUGAAUCUCGCAACUGAGAAGGAGGUUGAUGUGAGCCAUUACAAAAAUGUACAAGCGGCGAUUAAGUUACGAAGUAACGAGGUCAUACGCCACGGAACUUUGGACGCUCAAGUUAUUGGCGAAAGUGUGGUAGCAUUUGCUAGGGAACUCGAUGGCCACGAGCCGGUCGUUGUAUUGAUAAACUGGGAUAACAUCACAAGCACGUGCAGUUUGGAAGUGUUCGAAAACAUUCCUGAUAAUAUGAAAGUUCUAAUAUCCGAUAUAAAUAGUGGUAUAACUGUAGGAGAUAGGUAUACGAAAACUCGCAUAGAACUUCCGGCCUAUGCUGCAGUGGUACUUCAAGGAAUCACAGACGAGUAAAGAAUUGACACUGACUUUGUGCAUAGUUAUUUACCUUAAUACACGCACCCAAAGGUUUCAUGAAUGUCCAAUACAUAAAAUGUACGACACGUGUCAUGUAGAAAUCAAAAUAAAAAUUUCUGUCCAUGUUUAA